AUAGCUGGCUGGCCGGGUGGCACCUGGCAGCCUGGGGUGUCAGGCCCCCUGGACUGUGUGGAUGCAGAAGCACAAACUGGCCUAGCAAAGACGCUCCUCGCUGCCGUGCCAGCUCAUCUCGGGUGCUCGCGGCCUCUGGCUUCGCCUCUACAGAAGGGCCUCGCAGAAGGUUCUGUGCUGGGUGAAAAAAAGGUUUGCUGCGUCUGUUCAGAAGGAAGAGGUGGUUGAGUUUUUGAACCACUCUUCCCCCAGUGCCCUGCUUACAGGGCUUAGAGUGAACUCAGGCCCCCGUGAAGAGAGGGGUGUCAAGACUCUACCGGACACUCCGGUGGGCAGAGCCGGGUGGCUGCGCAGGCCUCAGACUCCCCCCUGGGCUUGGUGCGGACAAGUUGCUGGCCGCCCGUGCACCCCGACCUACCUCCAGGAGCUGCACCCUCAGGCGGGUGGGAUGAACGUCCAGCCAAAGACUCCCCGAGUCGCUUAUCUCUUGGCCCACCGCACAGCUUCAUCUUCUAAGCUUCUUGAAGCCCAAGUGCCUUCUCAAUUCAGUUUUUCUAGGCCUGAGAUCGGCUUUUCUUAAACCACCGUGGCUGGGGGAAAAGUCUCACCUGCUUUUCUUCACUGAACAGCUGAGAGGGGGGUGAUUGUAUCUCAGGGCCUGAUGGUUUGAAAUGGAAUUAUAAUCAGUUCCUCAUUAGCAUUUUUCUAAAUGUGAAUGAUAGUCCAAGCGCUUGCUGAAUCCAGAAGCAGUUGCACUGGCUCCAUGUCCCUUUUUGGAUCCCAGGACUUCAGGAAAGAAGCCGUGGGGAAGGAGGGGAGUGGUGGGGACAGGGUCUCCAUGCUUGUCUGUCACAGCAUUGCUGAGGGGGACAGCGGCCUCUGCAAACCACCAUUCUCCAUUCUCCCCCUCCCCUGGCCCUCCAAAAUGAGAACUGGCAUGAGGGAGGGCUUCUGCCAGUGGUGAAAUCAAAGCUGCCUUAUUCCAGCUUUGUUUAUUUUAGUUUCAGCGGAGCCUGAGUAACCAGGGAAGGUAAUAUUUAUGCAAAAAGACAAAAGAACCCGGCAAGAAUGGAUUUUAAUUUGGUUUUUAAAAAAACUGCUGACUAUUUUAUCUUCAGAGGGUGGAAGAUCCAGUAUUAGCUGAGUGUCAGUAUAGAAAUAAUGGGGGAAAAGCACGAUAGCUUUAACACAAAACUGAGUCAAGUGGAAAAGAGGGAGAAAAGGAGAUUUUGCCCUAUUAGAGAAGAGACUCUGGUUUCAUUCUAAAUUUUGUUUUUGCCUUAAAAAGUGAAAAAAAAAAAGUCUGCCUCUUCUCUAAUUUAGCGGAAAAGCAGCUUGUUACUACUCCCCCAGGCGGCUGAGAAGGAAACGGUGUCCAGCUCCGUGUCACGGUGCUGGGAAGCAAGCCUCCCACGAUUACCCAGCAGGUCAGCUGAAAAUCCCCACCCCUGAAAGCCACGAGCCCUCGGGUAUCAGAGGAGGUUCAUUAGAAAAAACACAACAGCCCUAAACUUGGUGCCUUCCUCUCUUUAGUUAGUUCCUUGAAUGUGAUUCAGUUCAGCUAGUAUUGAAGCACCGAGUAAAUGUCUAGCCGUGACACUGCAGUAACCACUUCAGUUCACUUUUCCGUCUGGGCUUUGAAAAUUCAGUGAUGUUCGUGGUUACCCAAACAAGCACCCUCAAGUAUUCUGGGAUGUCCCAGAAUGAAGCUGUGAUUAAAAUCAGUCGUGUAACCACCACUAAAAAUUUACCAGACCACAAAACUUUUCUAGUAGUCUCCCCUUUUAGAAAAAUAACCACCAGCACCAGAUAGGUGGGGAAAGGAUGGAAAUGACCAUGUUUUAUUUACCGUUUGCCAGGUUCAAACUGUUAGGAUGUUGGACUACGCGGUGAUUUUCAUUGCUGGCUUUGGCUGUAAAUUUCAGACCCUGUUGCUGCUUCUGGCAAGUGAUCUUAACUUGACAAAAGUGAGGCAGGUGGUUUUGUUUUGUUUUGUUUUUCUCUAAAUUUUCCUUGACUGAGAACAGCAAAAAUGCUGUUAAAGGGAAAUAUAAAAAAUGAAAAUCUGCACGAGAUAGGGUGAUUCUGUGCCCACGGUUCUUUAAGUCUUGACAAAGUUUUACCCACGUGUAAUUUUACCAGAGCCAGGCAGAGCGGUGCUAGUGGAAGAUGUGAAAUCCAGAUAGCUCAUGAUUGCUGAGAGCUAGGCAGCUUUGAUCUCCAAAUUGUUAUUGCUUUCAUUAUUAUUGGAACGGAACUGCGUUUUUUUUUAAUUGAAGAGGGUUUUUUUCCCUUUUUUUUUUAUAAGCUAGUAUAGAUGAAGGAAAAAUAUUUGUCUUCUCUGGGUCGUAGGCCUUGCUCAGUGUACACAGGUAUACACCCUAAGCUUUCUCUGUCCUUGAAUCUGUGGUCAGUGAAUGUGUGUUUCAAUCCACAGGUCAUCCUUACCUGUGUUUCUGCAGCACACGUGCUGCCUUUUAUCCUCAACAGUGAUGCUACUCACCGAAUAUCUGUAGCCAUCUGCUACACAGCCAGAUGUGAAAUGUUAUUAGCACAGCGACAAUUUUUGUUAAAGAUGGGCAACUUAUCCUGCUGGGUGGGAAAAGUUGAAAAUAUGCUAGAUCAAGGUCUCAAUUAAAGUGGUCAUUAAUUUUUGUAGCAUUAAUGAAAAAAAAAAGGUCAAGGAGGUAUAGCAUUGAAUGUGUCAACACAGCCCUUGGUGGCUCUGAGAGCUCUUUGCCCUGAGGGAGCCUGGCCCUUGCAGUUUGUUGGCUAGGCUCUUGGCUCACCCCGAGUGUCCGCCAUUUCCCAGCUGCCCCCAAGGGAAGGAAACACCGUUACGAGGGGUGGAAUCUGAUGCUGGAAUGGACUGGGAGCCCACCCGGUGGUGGACAGAGCUGAGCAGGGCAGGCUGGGAGUGGUCAUGGUUUGUGGGUUUCGUGCAGAAUGUUCAGGAAUGUCUUGGCUGGCUGCUUUAGUGCUGAGCUGUAUCGCUUCAUCAAAGGCACUUAAGAUUGACCCAGUCGGGGAGGAGUUGGUGAGAAAUUUAUCUUAAUUUGGAGAAGCAGGGGCAACUGGUGGUCCUUGGGAGCGGGAACCUGGAUCCCAGCCUUCCAUGCAGCAGUUGGCAGUGAGGCUGUUGCUGAAAGGGAGCCCAGCUGGCUCAGCUUCUGUGCCAGACACUCCUGAGCAUCCCCAAAAGGUCCUUCCAGCAUCGUGUCCUUGGUGUAGCCUGGCCCCAGCGCCAGUGAGUUUCUAUGGCAACCUUAAUGAUUAUUAAGGAACAUUGUCAGUUGUCUGAACAUAUGCUCAAAUGCAGAUCUACUUCAGAAGGAAAGGAUUGGAACAGCAUGUAGCAAGGCUGUUAAUUAAUAGAGAAACCAUAUUUGGCUGGAGAUCACACAUCCGUUAAAUAGAAUACCUCAACUUUACAUUGUUUUUUUCUGGAGAGAAAUAAUAGUUUUAAGUUUUUGUUUUUAUUUUUUUACUUAAUUAUCUGAAAGCAAAUACCAAAGGCUGAUGAUGUCUGUAUAUGGGGCAAAGGGUCAGUAUGAUGUUUUUCAAUGUUUUCUCUUUUUACCAGCUACUUUGCUUUUAAAGUGAAAAUUGUAAAUGUUUGAAAUAAAUAAGUUCUAAAAUUAUGCUUGAGAGGUAAUUUAUGCUUUGGCACCUGGGUCAUUUCAAGGAAAGACUUGAAUGAUUAUGGGGGAAAGGGGUAAGGAAAGAUGGGUUUAAAAUUAAGGAGGACCCUUUUGGGGUGAGCUUCUCCUUAAUGCAGGAUUAAAUUACCUCUGGGAAAAAAAUCAGGUAAGUUUAAGAAAUAAGUAGCAAUCUCUCAAAGACUUUAAUGAUGAAAGUAUUUCCCCAAAUGAGCCCUGGGGUUUCUGGAAGGGGCGUGGUUGCUUCUGCCAUGUUUACAUCAUUAGCAGGUGAUGAACCUGUGGGGAAGGAAAAGGAAGGGCCAUUAUUCAUCAGAAGACUGUUUAUUGGACAGGGGGGUGUUAACGGAAUCACAAAGGCAAACUUGUACUUCUUGAUCAUCAGAUAGGCUGCAUCUGUCCCCUAUUGAAAAGGGUCCUCAAUAGGAAAAACUUGGGACACAGCCAUCCCAUAUCUUCCAAACAGAGGAAAGUCAUCGUGUGGUUGCUCUGUGGAUAAGAGUUGCUGUGUAAACAGUUCAGGGCUGGGGAGGAGGAAACUGCAUGGAAACCUGGAAAUUGUGUAACUCAGACCAAAAGCUGAAGUGUGAGGCCCUGCUGUGUGACCCCACCCCACCCCCGGCUGCCUGGGCAAUCAGAGGAAAGCCUCACGACCACACCUACAGCGCCCAUCGACUCCUUGAGGAUGCCACUGUCUCAUUUAAGGAGAUCCUUUUGGAAAGAAACUGCAGCAUGUCCUGGAGCAGCAGUGACUUCGGACCCUCUGCUGAAGUAUUUGGGAAGAAUGGAGUGUUGGAGGAACAGAAAUUUCCAAGAUUCAAGAAAAGAGAGACACAGGUGUACGUUGGCAAUCUCCCGCUGGAUAUCUCUGAGGAGGAAAUUCGGUGCCUUCUAAAGGACUUCAACCCUCUCCAUGUCCACAAAAUCCAGAAUGGCUGCAAAUGCUUCGCAUUUGUAGAUGUGGGCUCCAUGCAGAAAGUGGCGCUUGCGAUCCAGGAGCUGAAUGGGAAGCUCUUCCGCAAACGAAAACUGUACGUGAAUUCCAACAGGUCUCCCAAGAGGACCCUUGAUGUGACUGAGUGGACCCAGGAACUGCUGGGUUUGGAGAAGACCUCUGGUCAAGGAUUUGCUAGAACCACUGCUUGUACACAGCUCGUUCCUAAAGCUUCCGUUGACCCCUGUAAGACAGAGAAACCGAGGACAAGCAUCUUUGCAGUUCCCAUGGAAAUGAGAGGGUCCUUCUUAGCGCUGCUCUUGAGGGAAUGCUUCCGAGACCUGGGCUGGCUGGCCACCAUCCACAGCGUCGGCGGGGACGUGGGGCUGUUGGUGACCAGUAUUGUCCCUCAGACCCCCUUCUUCUGGGCCAUGCAUGUCACGGAGACGCUGCACCAGAACAUGCAGGCGCUGUUCAGAGCCCUGGCCGAGGCAGAGGAGCAGCAGCCCUACCUGCACGACUCGGCUGUGCGGCACGGGACCCGCUGUCUGGCCGAGUACCAGCUGGGUGAUUACGGAUGGGCCUGGAACAGGUGCUGGGUGCUGGACCGAGUGGACUCCUGGGCUGUUGUCACGUUCAUCGAUUUCGGCCAGUCGGCCACCAUCCCAGUGCAAUCCCUGCGCAGCCUGGAUAGUGACGAUUUCUGGACCAUCCCCCCCCUGGCUCAGCCAUUCAUGCUGGAGAAAGAUAUUUGGAGUUCAUGUCAGGUUAUCCAUCGCAUCCUCAAAGGGAAAAUCACUGGUGCUUUGAACUUGGAGUUGCACAUCCUGAAGUUUGAAGAGUUUAAAUAACAUGGCUACAAUCGGCACGUUUCUUCUCUUGUCUAGAUUCAGCCUGCUCUGCCCUUUCACUCUUGAGGCCUUGGGGGUGAAAAAGGCCACAGCGGUGCCCAGGAUUGAUUGGAUUCCCCUUUGCCUUUCCCCCAGCUCACUUCUCAAUUUGUCAUGUGCCUUCCGUCCCCCAGCUCAGUGUGAACAUUUGAACCAAACAUGGGAAGCUUCCAUGAGGUUGAAAGUCUGAUGUAGCCAUUGUAUUCUUUCCUGUGUCUCUUCUUUGUACCCUCAGAGCAUGAUAUAAGUUGCCCUGACAGAUUCUGGAGAAUGGAGGGGCCCACGCUUUAAUUUUCCUGGCAUUCUGUCAUAGAAUCAGGUAGGGAGCACUUAAACAUUGAUGCAUCGCCUUGGUGAAUAAAUGUUGGCAUGCUUCACGUUUGGGGUGAUUGAUUCCUCUGUCUAGCCACCCCUCCCCAGUGCUGCCCUCUAAAACCGAAGCAGCGAGACUGGGAAGCUGUCGUGUGCCGGCCGUGCGGACACUGCCUGGGAUAUAGAUGCACACUUGCAUACGGUAUAAGUUUUGUGUCCUUUCUCUUUGCCUUCUUAGAACAUUGGUUCAGGGUGAGGUGGCCUUGAUUUUAUUUAUUUAUUUUUCUAAUGCUGUGUAACUUCAUUAGCAGCCUAAUGUAAGGUUAUGAAAGGGACUGUUAGGCUUGACAAGAAAAGUGGAAGACUUUCUUUAGAGUUGGUGUUUAUAUAGCUAUAGCGCACAGGAGCUGGUGCUUCCCUUUACAUCAGGUGAAUGUGGAUCCCAUUAUUUCCUUAAAUAAUUUGAUUAGAGCCAAGCUAUUUAAAUAAUUUUAUUUGUUUCAUCCUUUGGUAGAUGAGAAAAAUACAUUACAAAAUACAUUAUACUGAGGACAGAUCACAGUACACAUUACUAAAAACACAAUCUACUUUCCAGCCAGGGCUGGUGAUAAGUUCAGAAGAAAGCCUCGGAGGCCUUGAAACCAGAUUUCAGCUUCAUGAAAUGAGUUUCCCCCUUGGGUCCCCUCUUUAUCUCCACCUCAGCAUAAAUUAGCACCCUGUAUCAGGUGGGUGUGGUGGGGUAGGAGCAGCAUUGAGUGGGACUGGUGAACUCUCCGUCCACCUGAAGCAGCAAAACAUUAAAAUCCCUUAAAAGGGGGAGAAACGACCAAUGUUAAAAUUGCUGUGUCAAACAAAGCAUUACAGAACUCUGGCAUCUUACAGGUUCCCAGAUGGCUGUCCUAAGUCUGGGCUUUCUGAGAUGAGUGUCUUCACUUAGCCAUCCCUGGCCUCUGGCGUUUGUCACCAUCCAGUCUGUAGGCAGAGUAGGUCCAAAGAGGCUGCCUCUGCCUCAAGGCAAGCUCACUGACCAGGAGAGGCAGGCAGCGCAUACCACAUGCAAACAGUACGCCUGUACUUUUAAAUAAGCAGGAACAGACAUGGCACCUACGGUUCAGCUCAGCAGACUCCCCUCCCCAGCAGUUCUCAGAGCCUGAGGUAAGGACACAGGUAUACAGACCAACCCCCUCAAAGCUGACUCUUUGCAGUAGGACCCACCUUAUGAGUGCCUUAAAAGAAUCCAGUCUCCAAGCCACAUGGCUCCUCUUUGAUAAGACCAGAUGAAGCAAGAGACGGGAGGGGGAAACAAGGGAACUACCAUCACCCUUCAGUGCCACUUGCUGGGAGGGAGGGGAACCAGUGAACACUGGAGUGUUAGCUACAUAGCAAGUUGCUGAGACCAGAAAGGUCACAUACAUGCUUGAGACUCUGCCCCCAACCCUACUCAGUUCAUUUUAAAGUAGUUCUGUGAAGCAGCCUCUUAGGCCUCCUUGUUAUUUUUUUCUUAGAAACUUGAAAACAUCUGUGACUAGAAAAGUAGUCCUAAGAAUUAAGGUCAUCAUUUCAGCCUACUACUUUGUGGUUCAGCAGGCCAGGCUCUGCAUUCCCAGGGGUACAAGUGCUGGUCACUCCAGAGGCCUUCAGGGGCGAGCCAGGUGCGUGCUUCAGCUCCACCUUUCUCUUGCUUUAGCAGCGAAGCACAGCCCCUCAUAGCUACCAAAGCCAUGGAGGACUUGGUGCCCCUCCCCCACUGCUCAAGUAGUUCAGGAGUGGGGGUGGGGUGGGACGUGGGGAUAAAAAUAAAGAUGAGUCAAGACCAGCAUCUUCAAAUUAACAAACUGUAAUUGUUUUCCCAAAGAUACAUUUUUUUUCAUACACAUCCAUCAUACACUGUAACCAAAAAAAGCAGUGUACAUGAAAUAAGAGAAAAUAAAUUAAAAA